AUUCACACAACAUUUCUCUUCUCAACCUCCAUUCUUCUACUCCUACCAUUUUUCCACCUUUGUCCACCAUUAAUCAACUCAAAAUGCGGACCUCAAAAUCCACCCCCGAUUCUCCUCCCCCAGCAUACACCUCCACCUCCCGCUCUCAGCCUCCUCCCAGGAUUCACGUAGUACAAGAAUCCACCCCUCUCCUCUACCCAAACGCAAGAUACACAUACAUCCCACCCCCAAACACCACCCAAUCGCACUACAACCCCCUCCUCUACCGACCCCUCUACCUCCGUCCCUCCCCAACCAUCAUCACGAGAGGACGCAGCAACAAAACCUGCCGCUACACGCUCCUCGCCCUCCUCUCGCUCUCCAUCCUCGUCGCCGUAUUCAAAACCUCCUUCCCAUUCCCGCCCUUCCAUCCCCCGUCCCUAGCUCUGCCGCCGGAGAAAGCGGCCCCGGUUCGAAUAGCGAUCAUUGGUGCCGGACCCGCGGGCGUGGGUGCUGCGUGGGCGUUAGCGGAGCUUCAGGGUAGCGAGGUGGAGGUCGUGGUUGUUGAGAGGGAGGAGAGGGUUGGGGGACGGAUGAAUUUGGGCGUGGAUUUAAGGUUAGAGGGGAAGAUGUGGGGAGGGCAGCGGGUGGAGAUUGAGGAUGUGGCUUCUGCGGAGUUGUUUGCUGAUGAAAGGGGCGUGGUGAGGAGGAGGGCUGAGGGGGUGUUGGGGUUGGUGUUUGGGGAGGACAAGAAGAAGGAGGGGAGUGAGGAGGUGGGGUUCUUUGAUGGGGGUGGGUUUGUUGUUAGGAUGACGAGGCCUGGGGGGUUGAUGGGGUGGAAGGAGUGGGCGGGUUUGGUGCUUAAGUAUGGGAAGAGCUUUUUGGCGGCGAGGAAUGUGCCGACGGGGACGAUGGGGUUGUUUAGGGGGAUGGUGGAGUUGGGUGGUAAGGAGACUUUUGAGGGUGUUGAGGAGUGGGUGCAGAAGGCUGGAUUGAGGGAUAGUGUUGAGAUGAGUGCGAGGGAGAGGUUGAGUGUCAAUGGUGUGGGUGAUGCUUACCGAAAAGAUAUUAUUGAGAGUCAGGUUCGACGACAGCUUGGGCAGGGAACUGAGGAGAUCAGUGACCUUGCUUUGAGUCUUGCUCUUUGGAGGGAAGAGAUUGGUGGUCCGAGACCGAAGAAUGGAAUUAAGAUGGAAACUGUUCUUAAGCAGUUACUCGAGAGAAGUGGUGCUGAAGUCAGGCUGGGGACGAGUCUUCAGAGUAUGAAGCAAGAACAUGUCGUUGGAAAGAAGAGCCCGGUAUGGAGACUUGGUUUCAAAGGACGAGGUUAUGGGAGUGAAGUGUUCGACAAGGUCAUCUUAACAACGCCUUGGGGUGAGGGCGAGACUGAGUAUUAUCGUCGUGUAACGAACACAUUCCUUAUAUCGGAGAAAGGUUUGAAGGCAGAAUACUUCAACGUCACCAACGAGAGCGACCUCCCAGCUCAAAUCCUGCCGGUUCGAGGCUCAAACUUGCCUGAGGAGUUUGAAAAUAUACAUGAGAUCAGCCAUGUGAAGAAUAUCUUCGGCCCGGAUGUGGAUUUUGGCGCUCAGUCGGUGUUCAAGAUGUACAAAGUUCUGUCCGACAAGCCAUUGUCUGAACAGACUAUGAGGAGUCUUUGGGAACGUGUAAGGUUCUACUCCGUGCAGUCUCAACGUGCAUAUCCGCUGCUGUUUCCGAGAAAUUCCGGAUUUGGAAGUUUCAAAGUCCAUGAGGGAGUUUGGAAUACGGCGACAAUUGAGCAUGUUGCUAGUAGUGUUGAUCUGAGUUGGGCUGCGGGAGAAAAUGUUGCGAAGUUGAUCAAGCAGGAUAUUGAGGAGUAAUGUAGUGAUUGACAUGGAGUCUUGGGUGAACGUGCGUAAUGGUUAUGAUUUAUGAAGCCUAGGAUACCCGAUAGUUGUUAGCAUUCCUUCUGGACAAUAAUGAAGAGUUGUUCCCGCCCUG